CGCAUACUUCCGGGUGCUUCACUGCCUGGCCCCUCCCACCCUAACUUUCAAUCUCGCGAGAUUUCACGAAUAGGUCAGUGUCGGAUUCCAGUGGAUAGAGGGAAGAGGGUGAGAGAGGGGCGCUUGGUUACGUUUCAAGUACGCUGAAAAACAUGGGGGACGAUCGGCCUUUUGUGUGCACUGCCCCAGGCUGUGGACAGAGGUUCACCAAUGAGGACCACCUCGCCGUCCACAAACACAAGCACGAGAUGACCCUGAAGUUCGGACCCGCCCGGACCGACUCAGUCAUCAUAGCAGGCGAGUCGCCCACGCCCACCCGCUUCCUGAAGAACUGCGAGGAGGUGGGCCUCUUCAGCGAGCUGGCCAGCUCCUUCGAGCAGGAGUUCCGCAAGGAGGACGAUGACAACAACAACAACAGCAGCAGGACGGCCAAAAACUCGUCUUCGGCCGUGCAGACUCCCUCUGACGUCAGGGUGAAGCGGGAGGCGUCGGUGGAGCUGGACUCCUCCCCUCCGAACAGCCCCAACUCCGUCUCCAGCAUGUCCGACUCGGAGAGCAGCGAGCCCACGCAGGUCCCCCAGCCGCCGCCCGCGCUCAGCUCGGCGCCCACGCCCACCAUCGUGCGGCCCGGCUCCCUGCCCCUCCACCUGGGCUACGACCCCCUGCACCCCACCCUGCCCUCGCCCACGUCCGUCAUCACGCAAGCCCCGCCCUCCAACCGCCAGCUGGGGUCCCCCACGGGCCCAUACCCAAUGAUGAUGCACCUCCCCAACGGUCAGGCCGUCCCUCUCCUGCCCAGCCCGGGCCAGAUGGCUUCAGUCAUAUCACUCGCUCGUCCGCUCUGCAUGGUGCCCAACGUUCCCGGCAUCCCCGGCCCCCCGCUGGGCGGAGUCAGCAGCGGCUCCUCCUCCCCCUCCGGAUACAGCGCUCACUCCGACGCCAAGAUGAGGCUGAAGGCGGCGCUGUCCCAGCAGGCCGCGGGCGUUCUGAACGGCGCCGGCGGCGGUGGCGGUAUGGCGGUGGGCUCCAGCCCCAUGGUCUCCCAGAGGCAGGAGCAGGGCCAGCUGCUCUCCCAGCACCCAGACACGCCCUCCCCCGCGCAGCCCCAGGUGUCCCCGGCCCAGCCCACCGGGGGGCGGCGGCGGCGGGCGGCGGAGGACGACCCGGACGAGCGGCGGCAGCGCUUCCUGGAGAGGAACCGGGCGGCCGCCUCGCGGUGCCGGCAGAAGCGCAAGGUGUGGGUCGGCGCUCUGGAGAAGAAGGCCGAGGAGCUCACCUCCAUGAACGUCAAUCUGUCCAACGAAGUGUCCCUGCUGCGGAAUGAGGUGACCCACCUGAAACAGCUGCUGCUGGCCCACAAGGACUGCCCCGUGACCGCUUUACAGAAGAAGGCCGCGUACCUAGGAGAGGAGAGCCCCAAAGACCCGACGGAGCCCAAGGGGUCCCCGGCCCCCGUCAUCCAGCACAGCUCCCAGGCCCCCAGCCCCGCAGGACGGGCCAACGGGCUGAGCCAGCGCGCCCCCGCCGAGGUGGUGGCCAUGUCCGUGCUGGCCGGGAUGGGCGGGCAGCGGUCCGAGGGGGGCGGGGCCUCCCAGGUCAUCGUGGCGCCGCAGUCGCAGCCCUCCACCAGAUGAUGCCGGGGGGGCGCCCCCGUGGAACUACUUUUAAAAAAAUAAAAUAAAAUGAAAUAAAAAUGACUCGCCGGAGGGGGUGGCGGGACGGACGCUGCGAGAAGGAGGCGGGGUUUCCCUGCGACCGGGCCCCGCCUCGUCUUUUAGGCGUCCGACCCCUGCUCCCACGCUCCCGACCCUCUUUGGCUUCCAGAUUCGCGGGAGUGUCGAACUGAACUGAGAAUCGAGAAAUUCCUUUUCACCAUGCCAUUGACUAUGUGGGCUGUACUAUUACCCCCCCUCCCUCUCAUCCCCCCCCCUCCCCAAGCGGUCCUCCUGACCCAACUACGACCCCUGAUACCCAACCUCACGAUGACUGCAUCCUCUGUCCCAGCAAUGUACUCUGAUACGCGCACGCACGCACACGCCUGUGGGUAGCAGACGACUGUAUCGUUUUUUUUUUCGUUUUUUUUUUUUUGUCCUGUUAGUUUUGACUGUUAGACGAGCAGCGUUCGAUUUCCUACGUCAGCAAGCCCUCCCCCACGGAAACGCGAUUUUGGGAAUGGCUUUUGGAAACGUGGUUUUGGGAAUGGUUUUGGAAACGAUGGUGGUGUUCAAAGCUUUCGUUUCCUAAGAUCCUUCAAAAGAAUGUCCGGCCGAGAUGAACAGACGAGUGAAAAAACAGUCCUUUCUUGUGACGCAGUUAAAAACCAUAUCCAUUGUUUCAUAUCGGCACCCUCAGUGUGUGUGUAUGCAUGUAUGUGCAUAUAUAUACACGGAUAUACAUAUAUACAGUACACACAUGCAUACAUACAUGUGUUUAUGUAAAGAUCAGUAUAUACCACUAUAUGCAGAUGCAGUCAGAUGCACUAAUGCCUGGUUUUUUUAAACAUGCUUUACUUUUUAGCUUAUUAACAGUUGGGAGUUCCUAUGUGUGAAUGUAGCUGUGUGUUUAGAGGCUAAUUUUUGGUUUUAUAUAAAAUUGCACGGCCAUGACAUCACUGUCAUCAGUGCUAUUAAACUGAUACAGUUCCCUUUAGGUUUUAAUUGGCUAAAAUUGCAUGGCAGGAGCAUCCAUUUAUUUCAGGGGUGAUCCCAUUUCUGGAAACAUUUUUUAUCCCUCUUGGACUGAACGUGAAACGUCUACUUAGGCGUCGCUACUGCAAGUGUCGGUAGUUGCAAAGCUGGAAGGGUUGGAAUCUUCUAGAAUCUGGUGUGUUCUGUCUCGUAACGAUGUGGACCUGAAGCAGAGGGGUCGAGUUAGCUCUCCAGUGCCAGUGAGGCUUGAUCAACAGGUGCUGGGGUUGGGAUGAAAACCAAGCAGGUGCCUCUCCUUCAGGGAGGUAGUUCUUGUGCUGCUGCUCUGAUCCUGUCCUCGUUUCAUUGGAUUUGCAGCAGAUUUGCCGCACAGCGCACGGCUAUGUUCUCUGUUUUUUGGCCCGGUAACAUUAGUGCUUUUGUCUUUUGGGUAGGAGUACCCAACUUUAGUCCCUGUAACAUUCGUGCUUUUGUCUUUUGGGUAGGAGUACCCAACUUUAGUCCGAGCUGGCCGCCGGGUAUGCUUGUUUCUGUUGUCGCUCGGCACAGAACCAGUCGACUAAAGAAGGUUAUUAGACAUUUCACUCGCUUUGCCCUGUUUCUUGGGUCAGGAUUCAAGGAGGACAACAGCAGGCCCUGCAGAUAUCCAGGACCAGGGUUUGGGACCCAUUUCGUUGGGCCUGUGUGUCCAGCUUUGGCCUCUUGUGAGCUGCUUAUCCCUCCCUUCUAUUCUUCUGACUAUUGCCGUUUAUAGCAUAAAGCCGAUUCACAAAUCUCCCCGCCAUUUUAAGGAUAGGUAGCAUUAGGUAGGAAAUUGUAUUAUUUUGAAAACUUGAGUUCAAGGGAGGCUUAGGGGGGUUUGUGACAUCACUGCCUGUUGUCACCCCAUUUCCUGUGGCAUCUUGUGUAUUAUUUAUUGGGGUGAGUGACUGUGUAACUGGGGGGGGGGGGGGGAGGGGGGGUUCCCUUGUUUCAGUGGCUCAUUCUCGAUAUCAUUAGAUCACUGAGCUAAAGACCAAGGUACCUAGCCAAGGGAACCAAUCGCGCACUUGUUUUUGCUCACAGGUAAUUACUUGAGCUUCUGCUGCAAACUAUCAUUCGUGCCUCUAAACUGAAACCUUCGCUUCAUUUUGCAUAUAUGCCUACUUAGCUGCUAGCUGCAUUAUGAUGGUAGCUUGCAUUUUAGCUGACUUACCUUAGCUCAUCUGGCUAGUGUUGGAUAGUAACACCUGUACGUUAGAUUGUUGAAAUAUUAACUCAUUAAAUUUCAUUGUAAAAAAAAAUUAUCAAUUACAUUUUAAAUCUUAGCAGACAUUUCAUUUUAUAUACUGUAUCUGCGAUUACAUUAUGACAGUUUAGCUACACAUUUACAUACAUAUUUCUUAAUUUGAAAUCUUUUUAAAAACAGAUUCCCCAUGUGUUGACAUUGUUGGAAUUUUCAAGCCAGUCUUUUCUCACUUUGCGAAGCAGACUGUUUGAAAUACCAUGAUGGCUAGUUGGUAAAUUAUAUACAAAGAUUAGCUGACCUCAAUAGUUUGUACUACAUAAAAAAUAGAAUGUUUGGUAUAUGCAGGCUACCUGUAUUGCCUUACUAACUAGCUAAUACCAUUUUAUCUUGCGGGUCCUGGAACUUGCAGGGCUAGCUAGCUUGCUAACCUACAUAGUUUGAGUUUGCUUGCUAGCAUAUUCAGAAGAUAUAAUCUGUUGAAGCAUUAGCUAGGACGCUAACUACUCACAGACUAGCCAUCCUCCCUUUGAGGUAGCUGAUGUGCUUUUUAGCCAGCUGUCCGUCUUUUUAGCAUUGCAGUUUAUUCUCUGUAAUUCUGCAUUAGUACACACAGUUUAAGCCAUCUAGCAGUACUCCAGGGGUACUGCUGUGAAUAAAUGUGACUCAUUCAUUCUAUACCAGUGUUCAAUUUAAAUUUUAAAGAAAAAUGGUCAUUGCUUUUUUUUUUAUAUACUUAAACUAAAAUUGUGCUUCUCAACAAUGACAAAAGAAUUACAGAAAUGUCUGGCCUUGACUAUUUGGCCAACUUUUAAUCAAGGUGCAUGUUGUGUUAGUCUACAUGACCCAGUUAGGUUAGGUAUUACUAUAGCUUUCUUGCUAGCUAUCUACUAUAACUAUGCUUCCUGUUGUGCAGGCUUGUCAAGUGUAGCCUACUCGGAAAAACCUUUUAAAUUUAGAGUACAAAAAUGCUGUGAAAGGUCCUCUUACAUAUGUUUAAUACAAAUUAACGUGCACCCAGUUCAAUUUUUUUAUUUUUUAUCUUUUUAUUUUUUACACAAAAUCUCCCAGCAGCCUCCCUGAAUUGCUGGAUGAAUCACAGAAAGGCAGAUUAACUUUUUUUUUUUAACCUGGAAAAUGUCAGACCUAGGCAAGGUGUAAUCAACGCUUAACGAAUGUUUGUGAUCAAAUGCAUGUUAGCCCUCAUUGUACAUGUUUGUGUGGUACAUGUAGUAUGUCAUGUAAAUGUAUCAAAAGAGUGCCUGUGCCUCUCGACAUUGAGAGGAGGAAAUCUAAUUAACUGAGACAUGGUUUGGCGAUGCUUGCCAGUUAGGCCAGGUGUAACUGAAUGGGUUUGCUCAGCUGUAUACAGGUGUAUAUGUACUUAUGUACUUACAGGGUACUGUCAGUAAGGAGAGGGUCUGUGUGGAGUUGUUAAUGUCCUGUGAAAAACCGAGCCUUCGGCUGCUAUGAAACAUGUUACAGGUUGCGUGCAGGGAUCCAUCCCUGCUGUUUGCCUGCACGGAACAGUCUAUAGCAGUGGUCUCCAACCCUGGUCCUGGAGGGCUACAGGGUCUGCUGGUUUUUGUUUUCACCUUAAAAUCAGCACCCACCUGAGACCCAAAACACCAGGUGAGCUGAGUUAACUGUGUAAUCAACUGCUCUAAUUUAUUCAUGAAGUGCAGAGUCACUAUGAAAACCAGCAGACCCUGUAGCUCUCCAGGACCAGGGUUGGAGACCACUGGUCUAUAGUCUAGUCUUCUGUCCUUCUGUGCUGUUGGAGGAAUAUGUAAUCAGUUUGUCAAAUUUUACUGCCCCAUGGAUCUUGGGGCUCCACGUCUCUGCGUGUUCUCUCCUGGUUUGAUUCGAAUGUUUGUCCAUUAGCCCUGAUUUGCUUGAUGUUGCCUUUAUAACACUAUUUCUACCUUUUUCACACGCAAAGACACUCAUGCACACACCGUAACGUCCUGCGUAGGUAUAAAAGAAGCUCAAUCUGCCUAAGAAAGUCCUACUUGAACUAGUACCCAUUAGGACUCCCAAGUUUAUUUCUGUAGUUUAUUUUUAAGCCGCAAAUAAUUUGUUUCGUUUAAUUUUGUUGGUACAUGUAGACAGAACCAUCGUGAGGAAAGGCAUACAAUAAGAAAAAAAAAAUACUACAUUUGUAUAGGCCUCUGAAAGAUUGGAAAACUACCCUCUCAUUAAAUUGUGAUUUUCCUUCAUGCAUCCACUGGGAACUUUAAACUUCCUUGGUUUCACUGCCGGCUUAACUAGACUGUGAUGUCAUCCCUCCCCCUGUGACACACCUGUACUGGACUGGACUGAGGAGGAGGAGGAUGAGGAAGGCCCACAGACACGCUUCCGUUGAGGAUCACCCCCCCCCCCCCCCCAUAACAGUCUGUGUCCAAGCACUGCUCAGAAAUAUAACAUGGACUUCGUUUUUUAUUCAUCACCCAUUACGAGCAUCUUCACAUCAUGUGUUGUGGUCGACACACAUUGUGGCCACUGUAUAGAUGGCACCAGAAGUAGUCUGGAAUGCGGUGGCAUAUCUCGACUUUGUCGACGUUUGUCCAGGACCUUGCUUCCGGAAGGUUCUUUCCCCGGCAACUCGGCUUCAGAGUAUAACCAGUGGAGCCCCCAUUGUGCCUGUACCUUGAUGGCAUUCCCUCGAGUAAGCCAGUUAAAUGCAAAACAAUGAAUAUUCCUUAUUCAGCUUUUCAAGUUCGUAAUAGUCAUUGACUUUUUAAAAUCUUUGUUCUUGAAUAGCUAUUGUUAGAACAAUGGAAAUACCAUGUUUUAUUAACGCUUCACUUGUAUGUUUUUGGCUGUAAUUAAUUUUUUUUUUUGUUUGUUUUUUUUUUCAUUUCGGGAGGGCAUCCACUUUCUUCCUUAAGAUUGUUCUAGUUUCCUAAUAUAUUAAAAUGUGACUGAAAACGGG